AUGGAGGAAGAUAGUACAGACAACUACCGUGUGAAGGACAUCAUCUUCUUCGGUGCCCCGCGUCGCAUUCUGUUGCAAAGCAAGAAUGGGCCGUGCCCCCUCCUUGCAAUUUGCAAUGUCCUCCUGCUACGCAACGUUUUGAAGAUCAACCCGGACACUAGAUAUGUCACUUUCAUGGAGUUGGUUCAGAUGGUGUCGGACUGGUUGUUCGAAGCCAACUCCAAAGACAGUGGUGGGGACAGUUCGCGGGCUGCCAAUCUUCGAGAGAGUCUCAACUCUUGCCUUGAAGUCUUGCCAAAGCUCAAUGUUGGCCUUGAUGUUAACUGCCGCUUUGGAGGCGUGGUUGACUUCGAGUACACGCAGGAAACGACGGUGUUUGACAUGCUAGACAUUGCUCUUUUCCACGGAUGGAUCAUUGCGGAGGAGGACACCCGGUCGCAUCAGGUGUUGGGCCAUCUCUCCUACAAUCAGGUCGUGGAGAAGCUCAUAGCUUAUGAGGAGUUGCAGCAAAAAGUCAGUGAUGAUGGAGGCCAGCCAAGUGCUGAGACGGAAAAGAUUCUGGAAGAGGGGCUGCUGAUCAAGGAGUUCCUGGACCGUACCCAGACCCAAAUUUCUCAAGAAGGCCUUGUGGCUCUGCGUCAAGCUGUUCGGGAACGACAGCUAGCUGUCUUUUUUCGCAACUCUCAUUUCAACACGAUGCUCAAGUUUGACGGUCAGCUGUAUUUGCUAUGUACUGACAUUGCUUUUGCCAACUCGGAGGUGCUCUGGGAACGAUUUGACAAGGUUGAUGGUGACACGGAUUAUGUUGAUGCAGAGUUCGGUGCUGGACAGCAGGCAGCAGACGCCGUUGGAGAGGUGUAUGUGCCUGGAUCGAUGGAGGAUGCAGAUGCGCAGCUGGCUUGGCAGAUGAUGCAGGAGGAUCUCCGUGCACAGCAGGAGGAGGAAGCCUUUGUGCAGGCGCAAGAGGCAGCUUGGCAAGAAGCACAGGCUGCUGCCAAGGCGCAGCCGCGGCCGAAGCCCAAUCCAAAGGCGAAAGCUGCGCCUGCUGCCGCAACUGCGACUGCGGCUGCAUCAGCUGCAACUUCUUCUACAGAAGGUGGAAAGAAGAAGAAGAGUGGAAAGUCGUGUGUGCUGCAAUGA